AUGAGGAAGAGCAAUUCGGAAAGAUAUCGUAGCUUUAGCAUGAAAACUACGAGGAGUGUAGGUAAUAUAAUACCUCAUUCAUUCUCCACCGGAGAAUUAUAUGCCAUGCAAGAAAGGGGAAACCGCAACGGCGGCGAUGCAUCCAAUGGUAGUGGUGAAGAAAAUUUUGAUCUGUUAUUCCAAGAUGUUGAUUGCUUCGCUGCAAUUCUUUCCAGCGUUGAAAACAAGUCCAAUCCGCCGGAAAUUCCUGACGUCGUCGACCGCUUCUCCGACGUAAUUGAGUCCAAGGUCGCCGAGUAUAAAUCCGCCGGAGAGUGUCGGGACCGGACGGGGAGGGAAGAUGAUGUUCCGCGUUUGGUGGAAGCAGUUAAGAGGUUGGCGGAGCUGAGGGAUGGAUUCGCGGAGUUUCCGGACCUCACACCCUCGCUGAACCGGACCAGCACCGUCUUGCAUCUGGCGAUAGCGUUCUUAGAAGACGAAUUCCGGUACUUGCUGGAAGAUUCUAGAAACCGAAUUUCAAACAAUAAGCAGGUGGAUGAGGAGGCCAAUGGUGAGGAAUCGGAAGCCUCGGGAGACGAUGAGGAAUAUCCAGAGGAUGUGGUGACUAGAAUGAAGAUGAUCGCCGGCGCCAUGGUUUCGACCGGAUACGAAACGGAAUGCCGCCAGGUUUAUUCGAUUGCGCGGUGGAAUUUGUUUUCUGAGCAGAUGAAAACGCUGGAAUUCGAGGAGUUGAACAUGGAGGACGUGCAGAGAAUGGCUUGGGAUUUACUGGAAGGAGAGAUCACGAGAUGGAUCAGAGUCGUGAAAAACUGCUCCAAAAUUCUGCUCCCGGCGGAGCGGAAAUUGGGGGAAUCCGUUUUCUCUGAUCAUCCUUCAAUUUCUAGAACCCUCUUCAGCAAUCUGGCCCGCACCGUCGCGAUCCGGCUUCUGGAUUUCGCGGAGGCGGUGGCGAUGACGAAACGCUCCACCGAGAAGCUCUUCAAAUUCCUCGACGUAUUCGAGACCGCCCAGGAGCUAAUCCCGGUGGUCAGCGACGAUUACCAGAACGAAGUGAAAUCGGAGAUCGAGGCCGCCCUAGAACGGCUGGGCGAAGCGGCGGUCAACAUUUUCACAGAUCUGGAGAGCUCAAUCCGAAACGACGUCGCCAGAACUCCCGUCCCAGGCGGUGCCGUACACCCGCUCACUCGUUACGUGAUGAACUACUUAAAAUACGCGUGCGAGUACAAAGACACCCUGGAGCACAUUUUCCAGCAACACGGCAAAGUGGACCGUUCAUUAGUCCACGACGGAGAAUUCUCCAAUGGGGGCAGCGCGGAAACAGAAAACGGCGAUAACAGCCCGCACAAUAUUCUUGCAACCUAUCCCGCAGGCAUAACUAUAACUACAACCCCAUUUUCAAUACAGGUAAUCACCAUAAUGGACCUCCUGGACGCAAACCUGGACGCGAAGUCCAAGUUAUACAGGGACCCCGCCUUAUGUUCCAUAUUCUUGAUGAACAACGGUAGAUACAUUUUACAGAAAGUGAAAGGCUCGACAGAGAUUCACAAAGUGAUGGGCAACAACUGGUGCCGGAGAAGAUCCACGGUGGUCAGACAAUUCCACAAGAACUACCAACGAGAGACGUGGGCUAAAGUGUUGCAGAUCUUGAGCCAUGAAGGGUUGCAAGGGAACGCUAAGGCGUUAAAGCCGGUGCUCAAAGAAAGAUUCAAAAGUUUCAGCACUAUAUUUGAUGAGAUCCAUAGAACACAGAGCACAUGGGUAGUGAGUGACGAGCAGCUUCAGUCGGAGCUUCGGGUUUCAAUAUCCGCGGUCAUCAUUCCCGCCUACCGCUCUUUCUUAGGGAGGUUUAGACAAUAUUUUGACAACACAAAGCAAGCAGAGAAGUAUAUCAAAUACCAACCUGAGGAUAUUGAGACUUUGAUUGAGGGAUUAUUUGAUGGUAACACUGCAUCUAUGGCUAGGAGAAGGUUGUAGUUUUAAUAUAAUUUGUUAUGUAUGCUACGUUGUGCAAUACGUACAAUUUCAUUCAUUAAAUCAAACAACCUCCAUCAAUUUCUUAUACCGAGUAUAUAUUUCAUUUAAUUUCAA